AACAAAAUUAAUUAGCACACUGUGAAAUUCAAUUUCCUCAUAUCUCUCAUCUGUCUGCACUGCAUUGGCUUUCCUCUUCUUAUUGUGCAAUCGAUUCUAUCGUUUCUACUGUUUCUGUUGAGCCCAUUAUUGGCCCAUCACAAGCUCUUGACUCAAUCAGAUCCACGAUCAAAUACACAUUAAACAACAAAGGAAUAGAUAGCAAAGAUAUCAAGAAUCUGAAAAACCUUCACUUCGAUUCACCAACGUACCAAAAUCGGGAUAGAUAUAAUAAAUCUCCCCACACCACACCCAUCAAGAUUGGGAUAAAUAAAUCACCAACGUAUUGUUGUUCGCACGUUGCUUGGAAUUCAAGUCCUUGUGACCUUCCUCCUUACUAUGCUUGUCAACACGGUAAAUGACAAACAAAUUCAAGUGAAUUUAUAUAUAUAAUUGACGUUCGGUGAAAAGUUUUUUUUUUUCUUUUUUUGUAGAUUUUUACUAAGCUCGGAGGAUUUGGAUUUGUUUCCAUAUAGUAUCGAAAACAAGAUACCCUAGGGUUUAGUGGUUUAGUACGUAUAGUCUUUUUAUUUAUAUGUGGAUAAAAAAUUGUGGGAAACCCUAGACGAUAUAUCGUGGCUGUACGCUAGGAACAAUCCCUUCUAGAAAAAGGGUUCCAUAUAUGGCUUCUUCGUCGCUGCCUUUUGAUCUAGUAGAAGACAUCAUCUCUAGGGUUCCAAUGGAAUCCCUGAUACGUUUCAAAAGGACCAGCAAACAAUGGUACGCUCUCUGCAACGACAAGAGAUUCAUCUACAAGCACUUGGGUCUCUCCAAGGAAAGGUUGAUGCGGUUUUGUCUUGAUAAUGCUGAAAUCAUCAAUCCGGCGACCCUAGAUCUCUUACGUCUACCAGUUCCAGCCGAGUUUAGUUCUGUUGCUAUUUCUUCUCACUGCAAUGGAUUAUUGCUAUGCCGAUGGUACGGAGAAAGAGGACCAAGGUACGUCAACCUUGCAGUUUGGAAUCCUGUUUUGGGCCAGGUCAAAUUUGUUGAAUCCAGUUCUCAACAUAUAACAGAUAGAUACGGUUUUGGAUACGACAACAACAACAACCGUGACAGCUACAAGAUUUUGAGAAUUAGUUGGUGGUAUUUGGAAGCUGGGGAAGUUGAGAUAUAUGACUUCAAGUCUAAACUCUGGAGAGCCUUUUCUGCUACUUUGGAUUGGUCUAUGCGUUUUCCCUAUCAAUAUGUGUCUUUGAAUGGAAAUAUGUAUUGGAUUGCUGAAACUAAGGUUAAUGGGAAUCAGAAAACCUUCAUCAUAAGUUUCGAUUUUACCAAGGAGACAUUUAAGCACAUAUGUUGGUUUCCCUUUGAGGUGAGGCUAAGUGCUACUACCGGACGUGAGAUUAUUGAUACAGUUGCCUUAUCAGGUUUCAGAGUAGAUAGGCUUUCUUUGUUUCGUGACUUUCGUCAAUGCGUUGGAGACGAAACAAGGGAGAUGGAGGUGUGGGUCACAAACAAGGUGACUGAUGGGGUUGUCUCAUGGAGUAAGUAUUUUAAUGUGGCUCGCCCUGAUCUCCCCAUCUUAUAUCCCUUUUUCUUCGAAUACAGACCCAUGAAUGUACCGUCAUUCUUUAUCAACAAGACCGACUCUAUCGUGUUAUGGUGCGAUAAAGUUGUGGGAGAGGAUUAUGCUUGUCCCAGCUUUUACGAAAUUGGCCAGGGUGGGAUCAAAAUACAAGUUGAGACGGGACAACCCUUUAGAGGUAAACGUAACCCUUGUCUUACCAACUUUGUUUACGUUCCAAGUCUGGUUCCCGUUCCAGAAUAAGAUGGAGAGAAUACACAUAAUAAGAGAGAAAGAGAGAUCUCAUGUAUGUUGUAAGCUUUAUCCAAUAAUCUUUAUAAAAAUAAAAAUACAGAGUAUAUCUUUAAAACUAAGAUGAAGCAUCGGGUGACUUCACUUGAUUUUUGUACGGGGUUUUUAAAACACUCG